CGGCGUUGAAAACGAGGGCGGAUGCGGAAGUGAGCCAGAACCAAACUUUUCUGGUUUACACGAAUGUGAUAACGCUGCUAAUGCUGUUGUGAUGUUAUUCCGGUCCUUGUCCCGGGGUGCGUGCGCGCUGAUAGGAGCUGCCACCGCUUUCAAACUAGCUCCUGUGGAAGUCCAGGCCCAGGCAGUCGCUCUCCUUCACGGCGCAGUGAGGAAACCAUCGCUGGUGCAACAAGCAAACAUGAAGGUUGAACUUCUCCCAGCUCUCAGCGACAACUACAUGUACCUGCUGAUCGAUGUGGACUCCAAAGAGGCCGCGAUUGUUGACCCCGUGGAGCCAGUAAAGGUUGUGGAGGCUGUUAGAAAACAUGGCGUAAGACUCACAACAAUUCUAACCACCCAUCACCACUGGGACCAUGCCAGUGGAAAUGAGAAGAUGGUGAGGCUCAUGCCGGGACUCAAGGUCUAUGGAGGAGACGACAGAGUAGAUGCUCUCACGAAGAAAGUCUCUAAUUCCCACACUUUCAAACUUGGAUCACUCACCGUCAAAUGCCUGUUUACACCGUGUCACACCACUGGUCACAUCUGCUACUAUGUGACAAAGGAAAACUGCACUGAGCCACCAGCUGUUUUCACAGGCGACACACUUUUCAUGGCUGGUUGUGGUAAAUUCUUCGAGGGUACAGCCGAGCAGAUGUACAAAGCCUUGAUAGAAAUUCUGGGACGACUGCCUCCUGAGACACGCGUUUACUGCGGUCAUGAGUACACCGUUAGCAAUCUGAAAUUUGCACGUCAUGUGGAACCAGACAAUGAAGUCAUUCAGGAGAAGCUCGCAUGGGCAAAGGAGAAAUGCAGCAAUGGAGAAGCUACUGUUCCUUCCACUCUGGCCGAAGAAUUCACCUUUAACCCCUUUAUGAGAGUCAAAGAGAAGUCCGUCCAAGAUCAUGUAAAGCAGACGAACCCGAUUGAGACCAUGAGAAGCCUACGGAAAGAAAAGGACAACUUCCGGGUGCCCAAGGAGUGACGCCCCAAAUAAGUCAAGCUGAUUGUUGCUGAACAGUUGCUUCUGACACUACAAGUUGUUAAUAGUGUACUAAAUCUAAAUAUCUGCAGCUCAUCUUCAGGACCACUUCAAAUAGACUUUCUGCAUUCACUCUUAUUUCAAGCACACAGUUUUUAAUCUCUGUUGAUCACUAAUGUGGCUACACAUUUCCCAGUCUUUGUUUUAAUUGAAUUUCAUUUGAUUGGCUGGUAUCGGUUACAUUUUUGAAGAAUGUAUGGCCUUAAAUGGAAUGCUUUAAAUGAGAAAUUCAUUUGUUUGUCUUUAAGUAAGAGUUUUAGAAAUUGUUUAAUAUAUUAUGUACAAGGUGAACCACUGUUUAAUUCAGUGUUUCAAUGAGAGACAAAGCAGCAAAACACUUAAAGUAACAAAUCUUGGAAUGUGUGUAGAAUUACUGUGACUUGACAACAUAAUUUGAUAUGUUAAGAUUCACCACUGUUUUAUUCUGACCUGGAAUGUUUCUUCCUUCCAUGUCUUUCAUAUUGGCUUGAAAGCUAAAUUUGUAUGAUAUAUAAUUGAGUUUGAGCUCAGUUUGAGUUUGACCGUGGCAAUCUCUACCUGUUGGUGGUUCAGCAUUAGAUGGCCUAAGUUCUGUUUUGCAUGUAGAGGAAAAUCAUACAAAGAUUAUUGCUUCAGGAUCUUUGGAAAAAGCAAUAAUACAUAGUGCUUGCCAUUUCAGUAGAAAUAAAAAAUUCAAAAUUUAAACUACUCAUGCUGCAGAUAAGAUUUAGGUGUCAGGAGCGUUUGGAUGCAGCUGGUUGAGGUGCAGCUAAAUUUAUAGGCCCUGCACAACCAAACACUUAGUUAUAUCACUUCAUUGAGCUUCUGCUUAGGUUCAAGGUCUGUCAAUGUCUGUUGUGUUCACCUCAGGUCACCAAACUUCACAAACCUGAAGGAAUGAUCAAUAGCAUUGCCUCACUUGAACUGUCCUGUCUGGCUUUGACACUGUUUGUACGCUGUGGGAAAGUUACAUCUGUGUAAAUGCAUCACAAUUUCUAAAAUGAUUUCCAGUGUAGCUAAUAAAGGUAUCAAAUAUGGAGUACAGCAUAAACCAGCAAGACACAAAUGAAGCACCUUAAAGUUAUAUUUAGGUGGAUUACUGUUGGUUAUAUUAAAACCUUUGAUGCCG